AUGGCGUCCGACACCAGCAGCAGCACCACCUCCAAGACGCCGAUGACCCCGAACGAACUCGUCCGAUUCGUCAAGAAUGAGCUCGAUGCCGACGAGGAGCGCCAGGCUCCCGUCUCCGCCACCACCCCCGGCGAGCAGCUGCCCACCGGCUCGACCCUCGACUUGAGCCACAAGAACAUUGGCGCGCUGCCUGCGGAGGUCAUCUCAUUGAUAAAGGACAAGGUGGAAAGGUGAUGCAUGACGAGCAAGCACGGGGGAGUCACGAGGCGGUGGACUGAUAUCGAACAGGCUCGCUCUCUCACACAACCCGCGCAUUUCUAUCCCGCUCGCCAUUGGCCAAUGCGACCGCCUUCGAUAUCUCAAUCUCAGAUGGAACAAGCUGAAACACUUCCCAGAGGCGGUAUGGCAAACAAAGUGACAUUGGUGGGAUGUGGAGAUUGACGGUGGUACAGGUACUCUCGCUCUCAAAGCUGGAGAUACUCGACAUCAGCAAAAACGCCAUCGACGGCAUCCCCGAGGAGAUCAAGAACAUGACGAAUCUCAAAUUCCUAGCCGUCGCACGCAACCAGAUCAAACGCUUGCCUUUUGCGCUCGGCGAGAUGAACUUGGUGAAGCUCAAGUUCGACGAGAACCCAAUCGAGUUUCCUCCGCUGGAGUUUCUGAAGCCUGCAGGUGAUCGCUCAGUAUCCACCAUUGAAUCUGAAAAGGACAAGGACAUGUGUCAGCAAGUCAAGCGCUUCAUGAAGGCGGCGGCGCUGCGUGAGCGGCUCAAGUCGACGUCCGAGGAAGAUCUGAGGUGGGACCUGCUUACUUGCCUGUCGAUUAGGUACUGAAACAACCAAACUAAUGUUGUGUAUAGUGAGAGCAACGUGGAGACACCCAAGCCGCCGAAGCGUGGUGUUACAGGCGGUCGCUUCCCCGUACGACCCAGCAUCAGCGGGAUCGAGAGCAUCACUGGUGUAACGUCCGACUCGCCGCCAGCUCCACCGCCCAUCCCGCAUAGGUCUCACGCUCGCGGCAUCUCAACAAACACCGCGCAGCCCACCAGACGCCCUGGUCCUGCGCCUCUGCUCGCUGACAAUGGUGCGAGUCGAAGCAGGAGCGAGUCAGUCGCAACAUCUGCCAACAUCAAGAAUCGACGCCAGGGCUACGUUCCUCGGAAGAAUACGAAAUUGAUUUCGGUCAACGAGAUGUCCUCCCAGUUGUCGGCACGAAGCGGUCAAACUGCCGCCCCUGCUCUCACACCACCUCACUCGCGCGCCCCCAGCGUAACCUCCAGCUACUGCAACUAUCUCGAACUUGGCAGUGGUGGCGAAAGUUCAGCCGCUGUCAGUCCUGUCGAAGGAGCCGUCAGUCGCACUGGCUUGUCACGCCAGCUGGCAAGUCUACCAGAGGGCCGCAACUCGACACUGCCAACCAUCACAUCGACCAAGGCUGUAAAGCGUGUGCUUUUCAUGCUAUUUUACUUACACAGGCCAAUGUCGGACAUUGUGCAAAAGCUCACUCUAGGACCACCCAAGAAGUCUGCCUUGGAGCGGCAACUUUAUAUAGCGCAGUCGCACGUCGAAGAGCUGGACAGACUGGUUACUGGCGCUAACAGUGUCAUCGAAGAUAACGCGGAACUCAACCCAGCCUUACUGGCCUCCAUCGUCCGCACUGCAACCACCGCACUCAAAUCGUACGUCCUCGCGAUCAGAGCAGUGGCCCGGAACAGCCAGCGCAUCAUCAAGGAGGUCGACAGUUUCCACGCUCGCUACGUCAUGAACAUGGCCUUCAGCACCAUCAUGGAGUCGCGAAACAUUUGCGAGGUGCUGGGUUGCAAGAUUAACACAAGAUCGGCGCGAGAUACUCUUCGUGCCUCGCAGGCCUGGAGCAGCCGCACCGUCACGCCAACACAGCCCAAACCCUCAAACAGCGUAAGACGCAGAGGCCCCACUGUGAUUCCGAGCUCUGGAAGCGUCACAAAUCUCCGCGGCAUGGCUCCACCUGUGCCGUUAAAUAGUAGCAGCCGGACUAAUACGAUGACUUCGAUGGGCUCUAUGACUACAGCAAUUCCGCGCUCCAACGACUCAUUCACAAGCCUUCCAUCGCAGAGUAAUUUUCCCUCCCGGAGCAAUACCAUGCGCAGCCUAACGACCGAAGGAGAGCAUGACGAGGGCCCAGACCGGGUAUAUUUCAAGCUGAAGAGCUGCUGUGACCUCGCCUCGCAGAGUCUUCCACCAGUCCGCGCAGACCUCGCCUCCAGGAAGGCCCACGCAGAUGCCAGUGGCCAGUCGCAUGCCUCGCGAUACUAUGCUGAAGCAGUUCACAAGUGCGACUUCGUGGUUGCAACCAACAACAAGCUCCAGGUCAAGCUGAAGACCAUGAAGGUCGGCGAUGCCGUUCGCUAUCAGAAGGAAUUCUCGCAGAUGACAGAGAGCUUUGGAAGGGUAAGUCGAACAACUCAGCUGCUACUUUUUCAUUUUAAUUUGUUCGCGCAGGAUUGGACAAACUUUGUCACGGCAAUAGUCGAACUUGCCAACCAGCGCAUCGAUAUCGGCAACAUCCGCCGCACCUUGAAGCCGCUUCAGUAUGCGGUCAAGGACGCGAACCGGACUGCUUCGCAGCCACCGUCUCAAUCAACGAGACCACCACCUUUGGCAAGUCUUCACGGCGGCUUCCCACCGACGCUUAACACGGCCGUGGCCCCAGUCUCUGGGCCAGUCACUCCAGUUCCAGCAACGCCUCUUGGUGCUGCCCUUGGCCCGGCGGUGCAAGCGACUGUCCCACCAAUUUCCACAACGGCACUUCACUCGCCAGAGUAUCUGCCGCAAGGCCAAACACGGCCCCGUAUGCCAGCAGAGAGAAACGACAACAUCUUGCCUCUUCCUAGCUACCCGCGCAGGCAGUGA